AUGCGGGUGCACCUGGGCGCGCUGGCGGGCGCGGCGGCGCUGACCGGGGCGCUCAGCUUCGUGCUCCUGGCGGCCGCCAUCGGCACGGACUUCUGGUACAUCAUUGACACCGAGCGGCUGGAGCGGGGCGGCCCGGGCGUGCGGGGCCGGGCGGGGGCCGCCAACCGCAGCCAGCUCGAACCUCUGAGCUCGCACUCCGGCCUCUGGCGCACCUGCCGGGUCCAGAGCCCGUGUGCGCCGCUGAUGAACCCCUUCUGGCAGGAAAACGUGACCGUCAGCGACUCAAGCCGGCAACUUCUCACCAUGCACGGGACAUUUGUGAUUCUGCUGCCGCUCAGCCUUAUCCUGAUGGUUUUUGGGGGGAUGACGGGGUUUCUGAGCUUCCUCCUUCGAGUCUCCAUCCUCCUCCUGCUCACGGGGACCCUCUUCCUCUUUGGAGCCUUGGUGACCCUCGCUGGAAUGGGCGUCUACAUCGCGUACUCGGCCGCCGCCUUCCAGGAGGCUCUGUGUCUCCUGGAGGAGAAGGCCCUCCUGGACCAGGUGGACAUCCGCUUCGGCUGGUCCCUGGCCCUGGGCUGGAUCAGCUUCGUCACCGAGCUGUUCACCGGGGUGGCCUUUGUGGUGGCGGCCGUGUGCUCAGCCUGA